AUGAGUGACAGCGAUGACGAUUUGUUAGCGCUUGCUGGAAUCGGCUCAGAGGGAGACGAGAGCGACUAUGAGCCGGAAAUCCAGACCACGAAGCGUGCGGGCGGCCUCAAGCGCAAGAUUGACGAGUCGGAGGGCGAGCAGGACAACGACGACGACGAGUAUGGCGAGCAGGACCCGUACCCGCUUGAAGGCAAGUAUAAGGACGAUGCCGACAAAGCGGAGCUGCUGGCGAUGGACGAGGUGACAAGGGAACAGAUCAUCUAUGACCGUGAACAGGAGCGGGAGAAGUACAGGGAAAGACGGUUCCUGGCCCUUAGGGCGCGGCAGAGCAAGGCAGAGAGUAGUGCUAUCAAGGCAUCGCGGACAACGGGCAAGUCUUUACGGACGAGCAAGCUGUCUGAGCUGAAAAAACAGAGAGAAAGGAAGAACAGGAAGGAGAGCAGGGCAUACGACUCUGACGAGGAUGAUGUGGACGCUAACGAGCUCGCAGACGAGCAGGAGGGCUCUGAGGACGAGGAUAUGUACGAGGAGGAUUACGACAUCGACGACACAGACACGCGUCGCAAAAAGCACACCACCAGCGAUUAUGACGACAAGUACAACCAGGAUGCGACGUUGAAGGACCUGAACGCCAAGGUGCGUGCCAGUCGAACGAUAUUGUCGCGGUUCAUGUUCCGAGAUGAGUUUGACGCGGUCAUCCGCAACACAUACGUGCGUGUGAACAUUGGGGUGUCUCGGGAGACGGGACAGCCGCAGUACAGGAUUGCGCGGGUCGAGGAGGUGAAACGCGGUGGGAAGCCGUACCGGCUGCUGAACAAGCCGUGCGAUGUGUACUUGCUGGUGUCUCAGGGCGAGUCGAAGAAGCUGAUUGAUAUGGCGUGCAUCUCGGACUCCCCAUUUAGCCCGUCUGAGUUUGAUGCGUAUCGGAGACGGCUGGAGGAGUCUGGGCUGGAGCUGCCGUCUGUGGGCCAGGUAGACGCCAAAUUCCGCGAACUGCGCGACAUGUCGACGAGAAAGUUGACAGACGAGGACAUCAACAAGAUGGUGGCCAGAAAGGAGGCCAUCUCUGUGGCAGCGAUGGACUCGGGCAAUAGGGUCAAACGGCUGGCGCGGCUGCGGGAGGAGCUGCAGGUGGCUGUGGAGCAGCAGGAUGAGGCGCGUGUCGAGUCGUUGACGAAGCAGAUCGACGAGCUGGGCAAGUACGUGCACGCGGGACACAACGAGCUGAACAGAAUGGACCAAAUCAACCUGCGCAACAAGAAGAGCAACGAGACGGCCAUUCGCCGUGCCGAGAAACUGAACGUGGAGCACCGCCAGAAACAGAUUCUGAACAACAACUUCAGCGACCCUUUCUCGCGGCUGCGCACAAACCCAAAGAUCUUCUACUCGUCUGCACAGUCUGCGCAGAAGGAGAUGGCUGGCGAGGAGCAGCCGGUGCCGGAGCACACGGAGCACCGCGAAGAGUCGCCGCUCAAGUGCCAAUUCAUCAGGGACGGCAUCGACGCGGUUAUUGGGACGAUCGACUUCGACGUCCAGCUCCAGAUAUAGUGGUGUAAUAUUAGCAAUGCCUAUGUAAAUGCUACGUACUCGGUCAAAAACCGCUUGUCCUCAUCGCCAAGCCGCGCGUACACGUCCCGGAACCCACACAGGUUCUUGGCCGUGCACUCCUUGAAAAAGGCAGCGAGCAGCUGGCGGAUCUCGUCGCCGUGGUUGUCUGCAAGCGUCCUGCCGGUAUGCUCGUCCUCGUGGACGUACUGCUGCAGCUGUUCGAAUGACGGCACGCCCACGUCGUCCAGAUCUUCCCAGCCGUCAUCGUCGUCUGCUGGCUGCGGGUUCUCGGUCUGCUCUGUCUUCUGCGCCGACCGGACCUGGAAUUUGUACUCGUUGAGCAGCAGACGCACGAUCUUGACGUCUGCGCCUAUCUGCUCGUAGCGGACCGGCAUUUUGCGCGCCAUCGACCGCGUCACGAUCACGUCGUCCGGCACCUGGUUCGGCAGCACAUCGCCGUUGACCAGCGUGCGUUUCAGCCGCACGUCGUCCAGCUUGUAGAUCUCGAUGAACGCGCGGAUGUUGGACAGAAUCCUGUCGUAGCCUCGCAUAACUUCGAACGCCUGGAGCCACACAGGCAGCACUUUUUCGAGCGCAGAUUGGCCGUCGACCGCAAAGCCAGCAAGAAAAUCGACGGUUUGCUGAGGUUGCAACACUGUAAGCGUAUUGAAAAUCAAUACGAGGUUCUCGAUCGUGAUCAUCUCCUUUGCGGCCAGCAGCCGCAAGGUGGCCGCCUGCAAAAUGUCCUGGAAGUGCUGCCACACAGACGACUCGGUGCUGAAGUUUUCAAUGAGCAACACAAUCAGGUCGCCGAGCCGCACAAUGGCGCGGUCGCUCAUCGCCGGCGACAGAAAUUUCGACACGAUCUUGAGCAGCAGCUCGUUGCCCGUUGUGCCUGACGCAGCGUCGCGGUACGCGCGGAUCUGGGGCGAGCCUUUGGAGAGCAGCACGUUGAACACCUCAGACGACGACUGCAGCACCUCGUCGUCGUCGCAUUUGAGGAUCAGGCUGCAGAUGGACGGGAAAACCGCCACGAAGACGUCCUCUGGCAGCACCGCGUCAGAGCCCUGGCCGGCGUCGUUUGGCCCUGCGGGGCCCUUUAGAAACACAGCCAGCACCUGGAGUGCCAGAUCCAACUCCGGCGAGUACUCUCCGUUGGAGUCGCCAACCACCUUCAGCAGCGGCGGCAGCGCCUUGUAGCACAAUCCCACGUAGCUCUCCUCGGAAAUGCCCCUGAGCAGGUCCUCGACGCACUCGAGCGUUGACGCCGUGAGCGAGAAGUUCGAGCAGUCGCGGAAGCCGAGGUUCAUACAGAGCAUGAGCGUAGCCUCGUCUGUUGCAAGCGCACGGUUGUCUAUGUUGAUGAUGAUGGUGAGCGCCUCGAGAAGCAUGAUAUUGGUGUCUUCAGUGGCGGAGUCCAUGAGCUGCUUAACCAACUGGAGCAGCCGGGUCUGAAUGUCUGUGUUGAACUGUGACGAGGGAAUGAAGUGGUUGAAGUAUUGGAAUGCAAUGAGCACGGCCGCGCCCACGAGUUCGUGAUCCGCAUCGAGUGGCAGCCUCAAAAUCUGCUCCAGUGCACCCACGCCGCACUCUUUGAGAUACGACUCGUACUUCAUCAGAAACUUAGGUAUCAGCAUAAUGAGCCGGGCCGAAAGCAGCUGCGCACGGCGGAACUGCUCCUGAACCAGCUGCAGCAGGAAUUUGAGCAGCUCUUCAGGCUCGAACGACGGCUGCAGCUCGGCCUCGUUCGAGAACAGACACAUCAAUAAGUACGCCGUGCUCUCUAUCGUCACGUCAGGCGCGUCGGCACGCACCUGUGCGGUCAGCUGCUGCACGAGCUCGGCCACCAUGGCGCCGUUCAGCUCCGUGUUGGCGGUCUCGAGCAGGUCUCUUGUCGCGUCGCGCACAACGGUGCCGCUCUCGAUGGUGAGUUCUGUCUCGACACCGACAAAAUCGUUGAAAUCGGCUUGGUAGCCGGCCUGGGCCUCGCGUGGCAGCACGUUCAGCUGGACAAGCAGCGCGCACAGCUCGUGCACGGUCGUUUCCGGCAGAAACGUGCCCGGCAGGUCGGCAAGGGCCUGCAAAAACGCGAUUGUGCCGGCAAUGGCGGCCGCCACCAGCUCUGAGGAGUCGAUGCGCUCGAUGUGCACGCUCUGGAACUCGUUCAGGUCCGAAAACUGCGCGUUGGUGGCAGCCUCGAUAUCUUCGGCAGCCAAUAGCGGCACAUACACGGCAGCUGCGGAAGCCAGCUCGCGGACAGCCGUGUCGAGCAGCCGUGGCGCGUGUGGCGCAAUAAGUUUGGGAAAGGUGUUGGCCAGGGCACUAAGACAGCCAUAAAGCUCGUUCUUCAAGCUGAUAAUAACCAGCGACCGUAGUAGGGCUUUGUUUGCAACCAGCUGUGCGGCCAUUGCGGCCAAGAGGUCCACCAGCCGCGGCACCACCUGGUCGACAAACUGUUUGCGGGCCGGGUGGUCGCUCACUUCGGCGCUGUUGAAGACAUCGACGACCGUCUUGAGCAGCUUCAGUGUCUGGGCCUUGAUCUGGAAGUUAUACGAGUCCGAGGUCAAGAUCAUCUCGCAUGUCUGCAGAAUGCGCACCGACACGCCGCCUUCGAAAAACUGCUCGUCCGGAAUGAGGUCGUCAAACAGGUCCCGCAGCACAGUUAACGAGCCAAGCACCUGGUACGCGGUGCUGGUCUUGUCGGUGGCGGUGGCGUAGAGGUCGCUGAGCAACGAGGGCCAUUCGUCCGGGUAGUCCACCGCAGAGAUCUGUGUGAUGGCGUAGCUGGCGCCAUUGCGGAUUUUGGAGUCUGGGUCGCCAACGAGUUUGAGCAGGCAGUCGCGCACGUACUGCUUCGCAGUGGGUGCGAUCGUGGACGGGCCCUCGUACGAGUUGAAGGCUGGAGACCAGAACAUAGGAACAAGGCGUUUCACGUGCAGCAGCGCUCCCUGUCGCACGGCCAGAUCAAGGUGAGGAGAGGUGCCGACCGCGACAAGGGUGCACAAGGCCUGGCUGGGGUCGGAACGGACCAAUUGGUCGAAUUCCUGCUCGGCGCGGGCUCGCAAAUAAUUAUCAGGAUUUGUCUGAUGCGAGAUCAGCUGGGCAACCUGGGAUUCC